GUGACACAAGCCAGGCGUCGUCCCCUUCGCGCGCUCCCUUCCUCUCUCGUUCUCUCUCUCCCUCUGGGCUCCCCCGCCUCAGCUUCCGCGGCGCCUCAGGCUCGCUGGGCGCCAGGCAGAAGAAGACCAGCAAGAUGGAGGAAGCAUGUGAAGAUAUAGAUCAGAUGUUCAGCGAUUUAUUGGGGGAAAUGGAUCUCCUGACACAGAGUUUGGGAGUGGAAACUCUCCCACCUCCGGCCACCAAAGCAUCUAAUGAUGAAUUCAAUUUUGCAGUUGGGUUUAAAGAUUUAAAUGAAUCCUUAAAUGCAUUGGAAGAUACUGAUUUAGAUGCUUUAAUGGCUGAUCUUGUAGCAGACAUAAGUGAAGUAGAGAAGUCCACAUGCCAAGAACAGAAGGAUGCAUCUCACUACCAGCAAGGUGCCAUGACUCAGCCUUCAGCAGAUGCUGCUGCCACUUAUGGGUAUCAGUCAGGUCUCCCAAAUACUGCUGAUUCAUGCACUGAGAUUGACUUGCCUCCUCCCCCUGUAGAACUAACCAUUGAUCUUCCACCCCCAACACCUCCAGCCCUUCCUUCUGAACCACUUACUCAGGAUGAGCAAGAAGCACAAGCAAAAGCUGACAAGAUUAAACUUGCACUUGAAAAACUGAAGGAAGCCAAAGUUAAAAAGCUCGUUGUCAAGGUGCACAUGAAUGAUAACAGCACAAAGUCUCUGAUGGUGGAUGAACGGCAAGUGGCACGUGACGUUUUGGCUCAUCUCUUUGAAAAAACCCACUGUGACUGCAAUAUGGACUGGUGCCUUUAUGAAAUAUAUCCAGAGCUUCAAAUUGAAAGAUUUUUUGAAGAUCAUGAAAAUGUGAUUGGGGUCUUAUCAGACUGGACUCGGGACACUGAAAAUAAAGUUCUGUUUUUGGAGAAAAAAGAAAAAUAUGCUGUAUUUAAAGACCCUCAGAAUUUCUACCUGGCAAACAAAGGAAAAAAUGAAAGCAAGGUAAUGAACGAAAAAAGCAAAGAAUCUUUACUGGAGGAAAGCUUUUGUGGCACAUCUGUCAUUGUACCAGAAGUUGAAGGCGCCCUUUAUUUAAAAGAAGAUGGAAAAAAGUCCUGGAAGAGACGUUAUUUUCUUCUACGAGCUUCUGGAAUUUAUUAUGUACCUAAAGGAAAGACCAAGACAUCUCGGGAUUUGGCUUGCUUCAUACAGUUUGAGAAUGUAAAUGUUUAUUAUGGUAUUCAACACAAAGCAAAAUAUAAGGCACCUACAGACUACUGUUUUGUCUUAAAGCAUCCACAGAUACAGAGGGAGUCGCAGUAUAUCAAAUACCUGUGCUGUGAUGACCGGCAGGCUCUGCAUCAUUGGGUAACUGGUAUAAGAAUUGCAAAGUAUGGCAAGACACUAUACGAUAACUACAUACGUGCAGUGCAGAAGACUGGCUUAGCUUCUCGACUGGCCAAAUCAGGAAACACUGAACCCAUAGUUGCUGUGGGAUCAUCUGCAAAAGGUAAUACACAUGCAAAUGGACAGGUCCCCCAAAACAUAGCCUUCACUGUAGCAGACUCUUCAGGAACUGGAAAACCUGCUGAGAUGCCAAAGGUUAAGAAACUGAACAACACUGUUGAUGGCAGUCAAGCACCACCACCACCGACCCCGCCACAAUUCAAACGCCAGCGUAAACCUGUUGGGUUGCACCCAGGGCCCCCUCCUCCUCCUCAAAGGAGAUCUUCUGCUAUUACUGCUUUGCCGCACCUACCCACCGAUACUGAGAGGCAAGGUGCCAUUUGCCCAUCAGAUUCAGAAUUUCCUCCACCCCCGGAAUCAAUACUGCCACUUUCUGAAUUGGAGGAUCUGCCACUCCCACCACCUCCUCCACCUGAAUACUUGGAAGCUCCUCCUGAUUUUAUUCCUCCUCCACCACCUUCCUUUGCUGCUGACAUGAGUUCUCCAGAACUACUACCACCGCCGCCUCCACCCUCAGUCUCUGCCCCCAAUAUGCCUCUACCAAUCAAGAAAAAACCUCCACUUCCUCCUAAAAGGCAAGAAGAAAGUGCUGGCCAGACAGGGGGCCCAAAACCAAGUGGGCCACCCCCAAUGGGAGAGGCACCUGAACAAGGAGAUUUCAUGUCUGAUCUAAUGAGAGCAUUACAAAAGAAGAGAGGUGCAACCUCAUGAAGCAAACAGUUGAAAUAUCAGGGUGUGGUUUUAGUUGUGAGAGAUCAUGGAGAGAAUAGUCUGGUGAAAUUGUCCAAUGCUCUUCCUAAUGGCCCAAAGGAGCAUCUGCUUGAGAAAGUCAUUCCAACAGAUCCUGAUGUGAGGUAGUCCCUUUUCCCAAGGACUUGUCGAGAUGGUGGCUUCCCGUGCCCCUGAUUCAAGGCUGCAGAGAACAAGAAGCAGCAUGGAAGGUGCAGGUUCCAGGGAAACGCCUCUUCCAGAAGAGUAGCCUGUUUGAUCAUAAUGACCGGUAGCAACCUAAAGGCUGAAUAAUUUAUAGAAGAGCCCAAUCACAUUUUCCCUGGACCCGCCUGAUCUUGCCCUGCCCAAGGCCUUGCCAGCUGUAUGGCUCGGCAUAGCUCAAAGCAUGUUGCAGAAAUUAGAGGUGGGAGUUCUGAAACUGCAAAUGAUAGCUAUCUUGACAAUUCCUAAAUUCCCUCUUUUUGACUGGCUGGACCUACCUUUUUACUUCCCGUAUUUGGACAAAAAGCAGAAGAUGCCACCUGAGACUUUAUUACACACGUUGUCCUGACCAUAAUAUGCCACACCUCUUUCCUCAAUUAUUUUGAAGCUAAGAAGUCUCAGCCAAAAUGAACGUUACUUUCCUUGAUAAAAUCUUCAGCCAAUAUCGUUGGUUCUUUCUCCGGUGUAAUGCUAGGCUAAACAUUCUGGAGAUUUGAAAUUCAGUUCCACCCACAUCUAUGAAGUUAGCAAUUGUCUUCAGUGACAGCUAAAAAUAUUUGUUUCAGAGACCUUAUAAUUAUCUGUAUGUUUGAAGUAAUAAAUCCUUUCCUAUA